ACAUUAAUGAUUAAAGGCCAGUAUUAUUUGCCAACGCCCUUUACAACAGGUGACAGGUAUAUUGUGGGGCAUCAUUCCACAUUCUGUAUAUGUAAAGACCGUAACAGUCAAAUUGAAGAAUGCUGUUAAGUGUUUAGGCGAGAAGCCAGGGUUUUUUACUGCUGAGAUUGCCAUAAGCUCUUGUACUAUUUCUAACGCUAACUCGUUUAGAAUCAAAUCAAUUUGUUACUGUGAUCAAAAUGUUACUGCGCGCGAUGGCAGCCGUAACUUUCACGGCGCUUUUCGUCGCGUCCUUGCUGCAUUCGAGCGACGCAAUCUGCAAACAUCCAAAAGAGACAAAAGCCUGGAAGAGGAAAGGCUUAGUCGAGCGAGCCAUCCAGUCUGACAUUGUUAUUUAUGGUGAAGUAUUCAGCAGUCCUUGUUGGAAACCUGGCUUUGUCAAGCCAACUGCAGCGCUGCUAACAACGACAACGCAAUAUCCAAGUGGAGUCAACUCAACAAAUGCAACGAGCAACGCCACAAUAACAACUUCGUCUCCUUUGACAAUCAAUACCACCAGCCCCACCACUAAUAUGACGACGGUUUCGCCUACACCUCCGUAUAAUUGCAGCUCGGAAUUUUACAACGCCAUCAUCAAGGUUAUCUGCGUGAUGAAAGGAGGUUCUGUACCACAGUAUGUGUAUCUGCAGGGUUUUGGUCAUGGCGAGGGAGUUUGUUUGGAUGAAUCUUAUCACGACCAUCACGCGUACAAUAUGUUAAAGUACCUGAUUUUUAUCCAACGGCUGAAAAACCCAACUGGUAACACUGUAUUUAAAAUCAACCCAAUUAACUAUCAGCCUGCCGCUACAGAGAUAAACGACGAGAGCGCACUGGAUCCAGUCUUUGAAGCCAUUGGCCGGAAUGCCCACAUGCCGCUAGGAGUCAUGGGUACUACGGAUAGCGUGUGCAAACCUUACGUUGGUUCAGCGCGUGCUUGCUGUUCAAGUGUUCUGUUGAUUAUAUUCGUGUCCAGUAUUUUUCUGAUGUACUAAACGUGGACCUGCAGAGCUUGGACUGCAUGACCGUGAAACAAUUUAAUUAAUAUACUAAGCUUUUUCAAUCUCGGUGUCAGAAUAGAAAUUCUCCUCACUAGCUGAAAAGUUUUAUAUAGUCCUAGUUGAGAGAAUUUCAAUAUAAUUCUCUUGAUACCCAUGCAGACAUGUUUUGGGCGAUAUAUCUGGUCAGAGAAUUGUAUUUUACGUGAAAUCUGAGUUCAUUGUAGACGGGAGUCCAUCACUGACAUUAGUGUAAGACAGUCUUCUUCCUGGUGGGGUUACUUUUAGCAAUGUAUUUCCCGACUCGUGAGUAAACUUGUACUCUCAGAGCGAAACGUUUCUACCAUAAACGUCUUCGUAACCAUGUUUUAUUACAUUAUUUCUCGCAUUGGUAUAAAUCAAACCCGUGCCCAUGCGUAAUAGUUAUAAUUAUAAUAGAUACAGCUGUACACAUUUGAGAAAACUGCAGCUGACAAGUUUUGCCCGAGUAGUGACAUGAUUGAAGCUAACACGAACGUGCUCAGUAUUAUUACAACAAAUCAUGCAAAUAAUAAAAAUGCUUGAAAAUCAUUUGUCUAUCAAAAUGAAAUUUGUAAACUUUGCUUACGACAACGGUACCAUAUGUAUAUCUUUGUAUAAGCUAUGAAUGCCGGAGUGUACGUGAUACGAUCAUUUCUUUCACAGCCACUUAGCCAUUGGUGUU